AUGACACCGUGCGUUCCUCGCCUGAGUAGUCUGUGGGUACGCAGGACGUCCGCUUCGUCUCCUAGCCCUACUUUUGCAGUCGGGGGUGGGGGCCGGCCCUCGCCUCCGGAGUCGGUGACGGGCCGGAUUUCCGUUCAGACCUCCCGGGUUUGGCACCGAGGACUCAGUACCAAGCGCGUUGGGAGCCUAUUGGCUGUUGCUGUCCGACUCCCGGCCCCGAUUGGCCGGAGCCACGCCCCUUGGGAAGCGUUGUCGCGGGACACGGCGUGGGAGGCCAUCAUGAAAAAGCCACGAGCAGCUGUGGGAAGUCGUCAUAGGAAGAAGGCAUCCAGCCAGGAGGGAAGGGAGAGACAUAACCUCAGCAGCAACCAGGCCAAGCCUUCUGCACCUGAUGCCUAUGCAGGGACAAUUCCUGAGUUUCCUGAGGCCCCAGCAGGCCUCUCCAGGCGGCAGAAGAAGGUGGUAUUGCAGGCCCCUGUCUCCUCGUACCAUCUAUUCAGAGAUGAAGCUGAGGUCACAGUCUUCCGGGAGAGCCUGCUGAGCUGGUAUGACCGAGAGAAGCGAGACCUACCGUGGAGAAGGCUGGCAGAGGGUGAGGGAGACCUGGACAGACGGGCAUAUGCUGUGUGGGUCUCAGAGGUCAUGCUGCAGCAGACCCAGGUUGCCACGGUGAUCGACUAUUAUACCCGAUGGAUGCAGAAGUGGCCAACACUGCAGGAUCUGGCCAGUGCUUCCCUGGAGGAGGUGAAUCAGCUCUGGGCUGGCCUGGGUUACUACUCUCGAGGCCGGCGGCUACAGGAGGGAGCCCGGAAGGUAGUAGAGGAGCUAGAGGGCCAUGUGCCACGUACAGCAGAGUCCUUGCAGCAGCUCCUGCCUGGUGUAGGGCGGUACACAGCCGGAGCCAUUGCUUCCAUUGUGUUUGGCCAGGUAACCGGUGUGGUGGACGGGAACGUGGUACGGAUGCUUUGCCGUGUCCGAGCCAUUGGUGCUGAUCCCAACAGCUCCCUUGUCUCCCAGCAGCUCUGGAGCCUAGCCCAGCAGCUGGUAGACCCAAUCCGGCCAGGGGACUUCAACCAAGCAGCCAUGGAACUUGGGGCCACAGUGUGCACCCCACAGCGCCCGCUCUGCAGCCAGUGCCCUGUGCAGAACUUGUGCCGGGCAUACCAGAGGGUGGAGUGGGAGCAGCUCCAAGCCUCACGGAGCCUGCCAGGCAGUCCUGAUGUGGAAGAAUGUGCUUCCAACAAUGGACAGUGCCAGCUUUGCGCGCCUCCUACAGAGCCAUGGGACCAGACCCUGGGUGUGGCCAACUUUCCCAGAAAGGCCAGCCGCAGGCCCCCCAGGGUGGAAUGUUCUGCCAUCUGUGUUCUAGAGCAGUCCAGGGCUCUUGGGGACACCCAAAUUCUGCUGGUACAGAGGCCCGACUCAGGUCUGCUGGCAGGACUAUGGGAGUUCCCAUCCGUGACUGUGGAGCCCUCAGGGCAGCAUCAGCGCAAGGCCCUGCUGCAGGAACUGCAGAGUUGGGCUGGGCCCCUCCCAGCCACCCGCCUCCAGCAUCUCGGGCAGGUGGUCCACACCUUCUCCCACAUCAAGCUCACAUACCACGUGUACGGUCUGUCCCUGGGAGGGCAGACCCCAGUGACCAUUACACCGCCUGGAGCUCGCUGGCUGACCCGGGAGGAGUUUCGCACUGCAGCUGUCUCCACUGCCAUGAAAAAGGUGUUCCGUGUGUAUGAAGACCAACAGCCAGGGACCUGCAAGAGUUCCAAAAGAUCCCGAGUGUCUACUCCGUCCAGCCAGAAGAAGCUCAGCCCAGGCCAGCAAGUCCUGGAUAGUUUCUUUCAGCCCCACACCCGCACCGAUGCACCUAGGUUUGACAGUGCAGCCCAGUGAUGCCUCUGGAAGCCCCCACUCCUUGAGAAUCCUGUUGUUUAAUAAAGUGCUUAUUUUUGCAGUU